AUGUAUUUUGGCGAUUACUAUCUUGGUCAGAUUCGAGAAUUGGAUUCCCAGACGCACAGCCGACGUGCAAUGAAAGAACGAAUAUGCUUCGAUGGCGCUUUGCCACCUGAAAAACGAAAAACACGGCUCCUUCGAUUGGAAAAAUCAAGGAGGAAACUUGAAUUGCUUCGCCUCAAACCCCAGAGCGCCCUUCAGAACUCUAGUGGGUAUAGCGGCAAGCGUGCACUUGCCCUUGAAAACGUCCUACAGGGCCGGGCCUUGCCUGCGAGAUAUAAUGACCUCCCUGAGAACCCCUUCAUGGUUCCUGCGGUGUUUGAGGAUCUUAAAUACAGAUGGAACAAAGAGAAAAUCUUCACUGUAGCGAGAGAUGCCCUGUGCAUGCAGUCGAUUGAGAUCAAAGAUUUUCCUUGGGCGGAUAUUACCGUAAUGGUUCCCGGAGAAGCGGAUGCCUAUUGUGCCUACAUCGCAAAAUACGCAAAUUCGUCCGUUCUAACAAACGAUUCAGACCUUCUUCUCUAUGAUCUAGGACCCCGGGGUUCUAUAAUUUCUCUGAACUCCAUCGAGAUUGUUGGUUGGGACGCUCACAGGCCAUCAGAACGGCAAAUAAGAGCCAUGAGUUUGAGUCCGACAUUGGUUGCCCGCCGAUUGGGGAUUUCAGAUAUUUUGCGCUUUGCUUUUGAACUUAAAACACACCCAGAUGCGGGAACGGCAGAGCUAGUCCAGCGAGCAAACAGCUCUUACGAGGGACCCGAUAACACAUCGGACUAUCAAGCGUUUACCCAAGAAUACCAAGAAGGCAUACAUGAGUUUGAAGCGACAAACCUGCGAAGCUUGCCACAUCUUGAUGCAAGGGUCUCGGAGCUGUUCUGGCAGUUUGAAUGGCGACAAGCUCACAUGGUCCAGGAGGCCCCGCACAUGUACCUUGCAAUCUUGAACGAGGAUCAUGCUAGGCGUUGUGCAUGGGCUGAAGGCCGCUUGUACAGGAGCCUGGCAUAUUCAAUUCUAAACGCUUCUCGCCCAGUUUCAAACAGAGUUGGCUUUAUCAAUGAAUUCGCCCGACGGGGAGGAAGGAUCACAGUGGAUAAGGUGGUCCUCGGCAAUGAGGAUUGGAUCGAGACUGUAACAAAUGUUCUCUUGGUUCGCCUGAGGUCAGUACAGAACAAGGUUGAGGUUGACACAACUUUACCAGCAUACUGGAUCAUGUUUGCGCUUUGUGAAUUGCACGAAGCAGAUUCAAGUUUUGUAACACUCGAUCAUGCGCGAUUGAGCUGCUUUCUUACCCUGGGACGUAUGAAUGAGAACUUUGACUGGAAGGAUAUCCAGCUCACUGCACAGAUCCAGGCAGUGCUAUACUCACUAAGAAUUUUAGGACAAUUACUUGAAAGCUCCGUGGAUACCUGUGACAACAUCGUGGAGUUAAAAUCCAUACUUAGCAAUCUACCCCCGCUACAUAUGAUCAUGGGACCGAUACCUAGCAUGAUGGAUGAGACGCUUAAUAUAUCCUGUGUUAGUGCACUUGUGCAUCGACUUCUUCAAGUCUUGGGAAAAGAAGAAAAGUGCAGCGACAUUCCCGAUGCUGUGGGGUUAACAAGACAGCAGCUAUUUUCGUACCCAUUGGCCUCGCAGCAGUAUGAGUCUAGAGUAGGCAAUCCUAGGUCCCCACGCAGGAUAGACAACAUGUAUGACUUGUUGCCCAUGGAAUAA